UGCUAUUGACCCGGAUCACUGGUUGCUGCGGAAAAGGAGGAGGUCAAAAGGGGGGCCAAGCGGAACCAGAAGGAGCUAACGUUACUGUAGCCAGCUCGUAAACAUUGGAGACAAAACAACACUAAAAAAACCUGAUUUAUCAUCGAGCUGAAUAAUGGAUCAAAAUUACACCUUGUAUCCUGUUAAACUGUACGUUUACGACCUGUCUAACGGAAUGGCUCGCCAGCUGAGCCCCCUCAUGCUAGGGAAACAGCUUGAUGGAAUAUGGCACACUGCUAUUGUUGUCCAUGGAGAGGAGUUCUUCUAUGGGGGAGAGGGCAUCGCAAACUGCCCACCUGGUGGGACGUCCCUGGGAGAACCCAACUCCAUAAUAGACCUGGGCAUCACAGAAGUGACUGAGGAAAUCUUUAUGGAGUACCUGUCUUCACUGGGAGAGUCCACGUACAGGGGGAACCAGUACCAUCUGUUUGAGUGGAACUGUAACACGUUCAGUAACGAAGUGGCCCAGUUCCUCACCGGCAGCAAGAUCCCUGCCCACAUCACAGACCUGCCGGCUGAAGUGCUGUCCACACCUUUCGGCCAGGCGCUACGCCCGCUUCUGGACUCCAUCAAUAUUGCACCUCAAGGGGGCAACACCUUCAAUGGACAUUAUGGCCAGAGAUAGACCGAUAACACAGGUGCACAGAGUAAUAUAUUAAACGAUCAGUCAGUCUGUGUGGGGGGGUGGGAGAUCUGCAGCUCUGGACCUUUGUAAGUCCCUUACUGAUGUACAUCAGUCAGUCAGUCAGUGGGCCAGGCAGCAACCUAACCCAACCUGACCUCUUUAAUACCUUAAAGGCCCAGUGCAGUCAAAAAAGUGAUUUUCCUGUUUUUUUUGUAAAUAUAUUUCCACACUAUGAGGUGUCAAUAAUACAGUGAAAUUGUGAAAAUUAUAAGGCCCUUUUAGUGUAGGAGCUGUUUGAAAAGACCGCUGGAAAUUUCAGCGUAUUUUGGUGGGAUGGCGUUUUGGCCUUUCAUGUUGACAUCACCACGCGGUAAAUUAGUUAAUAGACCAAUAAGAAAGAGUUCCAAAACUCUCUGCCAAUAUCAGCACAUUUUCAGUUUUCCCCCAUCCCCACUCAUACCACUCCCAGACAGUCCUAGCAAAAUUAUUUAUUGAGAAAUUCUCUUUGCUAUUUUUUGACUAAUUUAAAAUAACCACACUAAGGUACUUAAUUGUUCCCCAGAAAUGAUUUGAUAUUGAGAUAAAAACAGCUGCAUCUGACCUUUUACCCCAGCCCAGCCUGACACUCCCCAGACUUAACAUGAUCCAACCUAACUUACCCCUUUUCCACUAUAAACUUGGCCUGCGAUCUGUGUGUGUAUUUUAGUAUGUCCAUGGCCGUAAGUGUAUGAUAAGAUAGAUAUUUCUUCUACUCUCCAUAGGAGCCCAUGGUCAGCUGAAUGUAAAACUAGGGAGCUGCAAGGUUUCUAUCUAGAGCCAGAGCUGCAGCUCUUUCCUGCACAGGGGUGGGUAGGGUGUCCUUUUACCUUCCUGUUAUAAGUAAUUAAGUAAGCUAUUUUAGUGUUUUCAUUGUUCUUUUUUAAUUACCAUGACAUGACUGCAUUGACACUCCAGAGAGGUAGAGAGAAGGGAUAGAGAAGAUGAAAAGAGAAACAAACCACGUUUGAGAUUUUAGCUGGAGACGUGAUAAAAACUAUACAAAUUCUGACUUGCACUUGUCUUGAUAUUGUGAACUUGCGUAUUCACUUAUCUUCGUAUCAACCUCCACCUGUCUGGUGUCAAGGUUUAUCCCUUGAAAACAUUGUUACACACAAGCACACACACACUCAAGAUCAUCAAGCUAUGACCUCGUGUGACCUGUACAGACGUGCUCAAAUUUGUUGGUACCCCUCCACAAAUGCACAAUUUUCUCUGAAAUAACUUAACUGACAAGAGUAAAUGGCAUCCACUGUUGUUUAUUCCAUAUUUAAUAGAAAUCAGACUUUGCUUUAGAUUUUUUAUUAAACAUAAUAUUUUAAAUAAUAAACAAAUGAAAAUAGCAUGGACAAAAAUGAUGGGACCCUUAACCUAAUAUUUUAUUGCACAACCUUUAGAGGCAAUCACUGCAAUCAAAUGUUUUCUGUAGCUCUCAAUGAGACUUCUGCACCUGUUAAUAGCUUGGCCCACUCCUCCUGAGCCAACUGCUCCAGCUGUCUCAGGUUUGAUGGGUGCCUUCUCCAGACUGUAAGUUUCAGCUCUUUCCAUAGUUGUUCGAUAGGAUUCCGAUCAGGACUCAUAGAAGAUCACUUCAGAAUAGUCCAAUGUUUUGUUCUUAUCCAUUCUUGGGUGCGUUUAGCUGUGUGUUUUGGGUCAUUAUCCUGUUGGAGGACCUAUGACCUGCGACUGAGACAGAGCUUUCUGACACUGGGCAGUACGUUUCGCACCAGAAUGCCUUGAUCGUCUUGAUUUCAUUGUGCCCUGCACAGAUUCAAGGCACCCUGUGCCAGGCGCAGCAAAGCAGCCCCAAAACAUAACCGAGCCUCCUCCAUGUUUCACUGUAGGUAUGUUGUUAUUUUCUUUGAAAGCUUCAUGUUUUCGUCUGUGAACAUAGAGCUGAUGUGACUUGGCAAAAAGCUCCAGUUUUGGGGGACAUUCUCUCAGGAUUAUGGCUUGUCAUUAUGCAUUUUAGAAAAUUCCAGUCUGGCUUUUUUGUGUUUUUCUUUCAAAAGUGGAGUCCUCCUGGGUCUACUUCCAUGAGCCCAUUUUCUCUCAAAAAGCGACGGAUGGUGCGAUCAGAAACUGACGUACCGUCACCUUGGAGUUCCGCUUGUAUCUCUGGCAGUUAUCCUUGGUUCUUUAUCUACCAUUCGCACUCUCCUUCUGUUCAAUCUGGGGUCGAUUGUCCUCUUCUGGACGUGCCCAGUGUGGUUGGCUACAGAUCCAUGGACCUUAAACUUAAUCAAAUUUGUGACUGUUGUCACAGGAACAUCGAGCUGCUUGGAUAUGGUCUUGUAGCCUUUACCUUUACCAUGCCUGUCUAUUACUUUAUUUCUGAUAUCCUCAGACAAAUCUCUCCUUUGAUUUCUCUGGUCCAUGUUCAGUGUGGUGCACACAAUGAUAUCAAACAGCACCGCGACUACUUUUCUCCAUUUAAAUAUGCUGAAUGACUGAUUACAAGAUUGGAGAUACUAAUUAAAGAAACAAAUUACUUUGAAAUAUCACUAUAAUGAAAUGAUUUAUUCUAUUUCCUAAGGGGUACCAACAUGUGUCCAGGCCAUUUUAGAAUAUCUUUGUAGAAUAAGCAAUAAUUAAUCUCUUUUCACAGCUUCUUUGCUUUAUUCUAUGACAUACCAACGGCAUGCAAGUAUACCGCUUUUAAUUUACUCACUUUUCAUGAGGAAUGAAGCAUUAUUUAAAUGAGCUGUAAGGGCACCAACAAAUUUGAGCACGUCUGUAUGUAGGAUUUUACAGUAAUACACUGAACAACUGCAUCUUUCCAGAAUUGGUGUACUUAUACCUUUCAAAUUAGCAGGAAUACACCAUAUCUAGGCAUUUUCAAAGAUUGGAAUGUUGUUGAGACUCUGUACUGUUUUCUUGCAAUCAGUGUGCAGCCUAAUGUUGUUCCAGCAUAGGAAAUCACUCUCCAUAUUGAGAGUUAUGCCAACUGCCGUUCACUUUUUUCCUGAUAUCAAGUGUCUGUGAUUUUGAUGCCAUUAUUUGUUUGUUUUGAUCUGUUUAUUUAUUGUAAUAUUAUAUACACAAGACUGUCUUUGUAAGUUACAUACUUUUAAUUUAUUACCUAAUGUCAGUAUGAGCAUACAUAUCGUUAUUAUUGUAUUAUCAAGAUUUAAUAUAUUCGGUAAUUCACAUUUGGUAUUAAGUCAAAGUUGUGAUACCCCCAAAAUGUCCAUCCUUACUCUGUCCACUAUUGUGAUGUAAAGAUCCUGUUUAUAUUUAACGAAACUCUUGCCUCUGCUUGAUAAAGACAACUUUUCUCUAA